ACCAGACUUAGAAGAUCCUGGACUGCUACACUCACCCUGUCGGUCAGCCAGCACUGUGCCCUAUGAAACUGGCCCACAAAGGGCUUAGCUCAUUGAGAAGAUAAAAGUGGAUUCCGUUGUGGGAGACUGGAACCGGAUAAAGAAAGAAUAAUUCACCAAAAAGGAAAUGACGAAUUAUCUGAUCAGAAACGGCAGAGGACUGGCCCUGCUCUGCACGCUUCUGGGGACGCUGUGCACGACUGGAUCCGGGCAGAUCCGCUACUCAGUGCUGGAGGAGCUGGACAAAGGCGCCUUCGUGGGCAACAUCUCCAAGGACCUGGCGCUGAAGCCCCCGGAGCUGACAGAGCGGGGAGUCCGCAUCGUCUCCAGAGGUAGGACGCAGCUCUUUGCUCUGAACUUGCGAAGCGGCAGCUUGGUCACCGCGGGCAGGAUAGACCGGGAGGAGCUCUGCGCUCAGAGCCCUCGGUGUCUAGUAAAAUUUAACAUCCUGGUUGAAGACAAAUUGAAAAUUUUUGAAGUAGAAAUAGAAAUUAAAGAUAUUAAUGACAAUGCUCCUGAUUUUCUAACGGAGGAAUUGGAAAUAAAAAUUGGUGAACUAACGGCUCCUGGAACUCGAUUUCCACUUAAGACUGCGUUUGACCCAGAUGUAGGCAUGAACUCGCUGCAGAACUACCAGCUCAGCCCCAAUGACUACUUCUCUCUGGCUGUGAAGAUUGUGUCUGAUGGGGCCAAGUACCCAGAGCUGGUGCUAGAGCGGGCUCUGGACCGUGAGGAAAAAAAAAUUCAUCAGCUUCUCCUCAUUGCUUUUGAUGGUGGGGACCCUGUUCACUCUGGCAACUUGUGCAUCCAAGUAAUAGUUCUGGAUGCGAAUGAUAACCCACCGGUAUUUACUCAGCCUGAGUACCGAGUAAGUGUUCAGGAGAAUUUGCCAGUGGGUACCUGGCUGCUCACUGUGAAUGCCACUGACCCUGAUGAAGGAUUCAAUGCUCAAGUGUCCUAUAUACUAGAUAAAAUGCCUGGAAAAAUUGCUCAGAUUUUUAAUCUCAACUCAGUCACUGGAGACAUAACCAUAUCAAAAAGUCUAGACUAUGAGGAUGCUAUGUUCCAUGAAAUUAAAAUUGAAGCACAAGAUGGACCAGGUCUCCUCUCAAAAGCUAAGGUUCUUGUGACAGUUCUGGAUGUGAAUGACAAUGCUCCAGAAAUUACAAUCACUUCUUUCACAGGAUCGAUCUCAGAAGAGGCAACUGCUGGAAAAGAAGUUGCCCUUGUCAAUGUCCAUGACCGGGAUUCUGGGCAAAAUGGGCAAGUCACAGUUGUUGUCCUGGGAAAUAUGCCAUUUAAUUUGGAAAAAUCAAUAGACCAAUAUUACCGCUUAGUGACAGCCAGAUCCCUGGACCGGGAACGGACUUCUGAAUAUAACAUCACUCUGAGAGCAACAGAUGAGGGAAGUCCACCACUGUCUACAGACACUCACAUUGCCCUGCAUGUGGCAGACAUCAAUGACAACCCACCUGCCUUCACUCAUGCCUCCUAUUCUGCCUACAUUCCAGAAAAUAACCCCAGGGGUGCUUCCAUCUUCUCUGUUACUGCCCAGGACCCUGACAGCAUUGAGAACGCCCACAUCACUUAUGCACUUACUGAGGAUACUGUCCAGGGGGCACCUCUCUCCACUUAUAUCUCCAUCAACUCUGAUACAGGAGUCCUCUAUGCUCUUCGAUCUUUCGACUAUGAGGAGGUUAGAGACCUGAAACUACUGGUGACAGCCACUGAUAGUGGGGACCCACCUCUCAGCAGCAAUGUGUCUCUAAGUCUGUUUGUGCUAGACCAAAAUGACAACGCACCAGAGAUUCUGUACCCCUCGCUCCCCACUGAUGGUUCCACUGGUGUGGAGUUGGCACCCCGCUCUGCAGAGCCUGGCUAUCUGGUCACCAAGGUGGUGGCAGUGGACAGAGACUCAGGCCAGAACGCCUGGCUGUCCUACCGCCUGCUCAAGGCCAGCGAGCCAGGGCUCUUUGUGGUGGGGCUGCACACGGGCGAGGUGCACACUGCGCGCGCUCUGCAGGACAGAGACUCACUCAAGCAGAGUCUGGUGGUGGCAGUCCAGGACCAUGGACAGCCUCCUCUCUCAGCAACUGUCACGCUUACUGUGGCAGUGGCUGACAGCAUCCCAGAUGUGUUGGCUGACUUAGGCAGUCUUGAGAUCCCUUCAACCCCAGAGGCCUCAGACCUCACAUUGUACCUGGUGGUGGCAGUGGCUGCAGUCUCCUGCCUCUUCCUUGCAUUUGUCAUUGUAUUGCUGGCACUCAGGCUCAGGCGCUGGCAUAAGUCACAUCUGCUCCAGGCUUCAGGAGGGGGGUUGGCAGGUGUGCCCACCUCACACUUUGUGGGCAUGGAUGGGGUGCGGGCGUUCCUGCAGACCUAUUCCCACGAGGUCUCCCUCACCGCGGACUCUCGGAAGAGUCACCUGAUCUUCCCGCAGCCCAACUAUGCAGACACGCUCAUCAGCCAGGACAGCUGCGAGAAAAGCGAGCCUCUCCUGGUAGCUCAAGAUUUACUGGAAGCGAAAGGAGACUCCAAGCUACUUCAGAGACAUCUUGAAAAGAAGCUUCUUCACCGAGUUCAAGAAAUGCAAAGGAGCUCCAGACAAGCUGAAACGAUGAAAAGGCAGGUACUGUUUCUCUUCUUGCUGUCUUUGUUGUGCGGGGCCAUCUCCCAGCAGAUACAGUACAUGAUUCCAGAGGAGCUGGCCAAGGGAUCCAGGGUGGGAAACCUCGCCAAGGAUCUGAGACUCAGUGUCCAGGAGUUGCCAGCUCGAAAGCUGCGGGUUAGUGCAGAGGAAUUUUUCAAUGUGAAUAUGGAAAGUGGGGACUUGUUAGUGAGCGGUAGGAUAGAUAGAGAGAAGAUUUGCGGGAAAAAAUCUAAGUGUGUGCUAGAAUUUGAAAUUGUCGCUGAAAACCCAAUGAAUGUGUUCCAUGUGAUUGUUGCAGUCCAAGAUAUUAAUGACAAUGUGCCACGUUUCAUUGCAAAAGGCAUUGACUUAGAAAUCUGUGAAUCAGCAUUACCGGGUGUAAAAUUCCCACUGGAUUCUGCACAGGAUGCAGAUGUAGAAAGUAACUCAUUGAAAGUUUACGCCAUCAGCCCCAAUGACUACUUCUCUCUGUCAACAAAAGAAAGUCCCGAUGGAAGUAAAUACCCAGAAUUACUGCUGGAAAAACCUCUGGACAGAGAACAGCAGAGUUUCCACCACUUAAUCCUGACUGCCGUGGAUGGCGGGGACCCUCCUCUAAGUGGCACCACCCAGAUCCAGAUCCAAGUCAUGGAUGCCAAUGAUAAUGGUCCAGUGUUCAACCAGGACACGUACAGAGUUAGACUUCAAGAAAAUGUGCCCCGGGGAACCUCUGUGCUGUGUGUGAAGGCCACUGACCAGGACGAGGGUGUUAAUGCACAGAUCACCUACGCCUUCCUCAAUGCCCCAGCGAGCACCAACUUCCUCUUUAAUCUCAAUCCAAAUACUGGUGAUAUCACAACCAAUGGUACACUGGACUUUGAAGAGACAAGUAUAUAUAUGUUGGCUAUAGAAGCCAAGGAUGGAGGAGUACACACAGCUCACUGCAAUGUUCAUAUCGAAAUUGUCGAUGAGAAUGACAAUGCACCAGAGGUGACAUUUAUGUCCUUUUCUAACAAGAUUCCCGAAAACUCAGACCUUGGAACUGUAAUAGCUCUCAUUAAAGUGCAUGACCAAGACUCUGGGCAAAAUGGUCUGGUGAUGUGCUAUAUUCAGGAAGAAGUUCCCUUCAAAUUAGAAUCCACUUCCAAGAAUUAUUACAAGCUGAUGAUUGAAAGUGCUUUAGACCGGGAGCAGAUAGCAGAGUACAAUGUCACCAUCACAGCUACUGACAAGGGCAAGCCAUCCCUCUCCUCCAGCACCACCAUCACAGUACACAUUGGAGACGUCAAUGACAACGCCCCGGUUUUCCAACAGUCCGCCUACCUGGUCCAUGUGCCAGAAAACAACCCGCCAGGGGCCUCCAUUGCGCAGGUCAGCGCCUCCGACCCCGACCUGGGACCCAACGGCCUCAUCUCCUACUCCAUCGUGGCCAGCGACCUGGAGCCACAGGCGCUGUCCUCCUACGUGUCCGUGAACGCGCAGAGCGGCGUGGUGUUCGCGCAGCGCGCCUUCGACCACGAGCACCUGCGCGCCUUCCAGCUGACGCUGCAGGCCCGAGACCAGGGCUCCCCAGCGCUCAGCACCAAUGUCAGCCUGCGCGUGUUGGUGACCGACCGCAACGACAACCCCCCAAGGGUGCUUUACCCGGCGCUGGGUCCCGACGGCUCUGCGCUCUUUGACACAGUGCCUCGCGCCGCGCAGCCGGGCUACCUGGUCACCAAGGUGGUGGCUGUGGACGCGGACUCGGGACACAAUGCCUGGCUGUCCUACCACGUGCUGCAGGCCAGCGAGCCUGGACUGUUCAGCCUGGGGCUGCGCACGGGCGAGGUGCGCACAGCGCGUGCUUUGGGUGAAAGGGACGCGGUCCGCCAGCGCCUGCUGGUCGCUGUGCGCGAUGGGGGACAGCCGCCUCUCUCGGCCACUGCCACGCUGCUCCUGGUCUUCGCUGACAGCCUACAAGAGGCCCUGCCGGACCUCAGCGAACGCCCCACACCCUCUGACCCCCAGGCUGAGCUGCAGUUUUACCUGGUGGUGGCCUUGGCCUUGAUCUCGGUGCUCUUCCUCCUGGCGGUGAUUCUGGCGGUGGCCCUGCGCCUGCGACGCUCCUCCAGUGCUGCUGCUUGGGGCUGCUUUCAGCCUGGUCUCAGUUCUAAGUCUGGCCCCGGGGUUCUUCCCAAUUACAGCGAGGGGACUUUGCCCUAUUCCUACAAUCUGUGCGUUGCUUCACAGUCAGCUAAGACAGAGUUUAAUAUUCUCAACGUGACCCCGGCAGUGGCGCCGCCUCAGGAUCUCCUGUUUGAAGAUCCUGUGGAUGUAUGUGCCAGUAACGAAGACCCCCAAGUGGCAUAUGACUCCUCUUUUUCCUCACAUGUGAGUUUCUGCAAGCCUACUUAAAUUUUAUAUCUUGUGCUUUAUUCUCAGUGUACAUAAUUACUUUUGGUCGUCAUUCACUGUUCUGGUAGUGGUAGUAGGAGAGAAGGUGUAUUGGAUGGGUGGAGCUGGGCCCCUUGAUUGCUCAGUACACUUGGCAAUUACCUAACUACUACUUCUCAGCCUGUAUGGUUGGCAUUUCUGUAUGGUCAGCAUAUCUUGCUAAAGAGAGCUUUUCUUGAUUGUCACUACUUUUGGUAGUAGCACAACAGUUUCUUAGUUAAGAUACUUUUUUCCCCAAAAAAUGUACUGGCAGGUCUUUCUGCCUGCAUUAAAUAUCAAAUACAUCCUAGUUGUUAUUUUUCAUUGCAAUGUGUAUUUUUAAUAUAGCUUUUGAAUUGAAGUCUCUUAGCACUUCUUAACCUUACCACAUGUAGCAAGACUGUCAGGUUUUACAUUUGAAUCACUACCUUUGGGUCAAUUUAUUCCCACUUCAUAAUCUCAUUUAAGACUAAUUUUCUUAAUCCUUCUUUAAUAACUAAUUUUCAUACCCAUUCUACUUUGUCAUUAUUUUAAUAAUAAAUGUAAUGAAUAUCCCCCCCCA